ACGGAAGCUCUAAAGUUAAUCGAAGAAAUUUAUCGUUUCAAGAGCAUUGAAUCAAAUUCCAAAACAGAAUGGCUAAAUUUUACCCUCAAAUUAGCACGCAGAAUUUCGAAAAUCAACGUAUCUCAGAAGAUGAAAAACCCAAGAAAACUAGCAGAGAAGUAGAAAUUCAAACGGAGGUGGCAAUGCGGUCGAACCCAUUCAAUAUGACAGCUAGAAACUUUCCAAAGCGACACCGGAAUUAUUACAGAGCAAGUGCAAAUAAUCGAACAAGGGCUAGUUCAUUUAGUCCAGCAAAAGCUCUUGAUCUUGUUCGGGCUGCAUUACAACCUUCUCUAAACUUGGAGCUGGAAAGUAUUAUGAAAUGUCAUCAAGAGGCACUUAGACUUGCAGCCAUAAACAUCCGAGAUAACACUGGAGAGGUGGUUUCUGAUGAACAAAUUAAUUCCACCAUACGCAAAGCAUUGGAUGAGGCAAAAGUACUCUUUCGCACCGAUGGCAAAUCAUGCAACGAAAAGCCUGAACGUGAAACAAGAAACGGCUCGACCGUGGUUCGCAAGAGGAGACGACAGAAAGAGCCGAAGGAUGAUAUUGCACCAGCAAAGUCUAGUCGUCCGGACAAGAACGCUCAUCACGAGUGGGAUCCCGAUUGUAUCAAUUACGAUACAGAAUUUGUCAUGGGCGUCAAGGCAAACAAAGCUUUAGGUUUUGCCGCCACACGUGGCAAACUUUACAGUCGUCAUCCUGAAUUGUUCAAAUAUGUAGGCGACCCAGAAGACAAACAAUGGCUUUAUGAGAACGGUCAUCUUCCAAUAACUGGUGGAAAGGCAUGUCUAAUGAUUAAAGACAAUAUAUACGAUUUAUUGAAGCAGGAUGAAUAUAAAAACAACGAAAACGUUAGCACAGAUGACAUACCUGGUUUUCUUGUCAGUAAUCGCAUUGUCGAUAAAAUGAAGAGUGUGAUGAGAAAGAGCCAGUUGAGUCGAGAACCAAAACUUGAUGGUGUACGAGAGAAUGGCAACGAAAACGAGGAUGGAGUUGAAUCAAGAGGUCCUUUGCUAAAUCAAGAAAGGGCUAUGGAGUCAUAAUUUUUUAUUUGAAAUGGGGAGAAUUUUUGAAUUCGCUAGAUCAGUCUAGUGUUCUGGCUCGUGAGCCCACAACUAAAUUCUUACACCGUCUAUAACCGUCCUUUUGUGAUCGAAUGUCACCUCAAUGUGUGGAGUAAUUAUGGAUUAUAUUUAUAUGGUAUUAAAUAAUGCUUCAAUUACAUCAGUUUUGUAUAGUUCAUAUGAAUGUUCACAUUGUGUUGAUAUAUUCCUAAAAUGUAUUUUAUAUAAUGCUGUACUUGAAACACCUGUUAAUUUUUAGGCUUGCAGUGCCUUGAAUAAAUAAUGUUUAAAUUGAUUAGUAUGCAAAUUAA